AUGGCAGAAUAUGUUGCCUCUAAUGCUGUCGAAAGUGUGAAAAACCAGGCAAAGGAAUACGCAUCACCUUAUCUCCGUUACUUUUUCUGUUAUGGAGAGAUUGUUGAAGAUUUCAAGAAUCAACGAAAGGAACUUAAAUUGAGGAAACAGAGGGUGAAAACUCGUGUCGAUGAGGCUAAAAGGCAAAUUAAGGUCAUCUAUGAAGACGUUGAAGACUGGCUUAGAAGGGCUGAGAAAGAACUGGAAGAAACCCAGAACUUCGAAGAGGAAAUAGAUGGCGUCAAGCGGUUCAAAUGGUGUCCUCAAUGGAGCUGGCGAUAUCGUUUAAGUAAGAAACUGGCAGAGAAGACUCUUAUUAUCUCUAAACUUUUAGAAACUGUUGAAAUUGGCCAACCAUGCUGCUGUUACAUGUUUUGUUUGAAGUGCAUGCAGCUUGAUGACAUGCUGCAGCACGUGCUGAUUGACAUAAUCAGCUUGUGUGCAACAUGGAGUUCAAGGAGGAGUGUUGAAAUUGGCCAACCAUGCUGCUGUUACAUGUUUUGUUUGAAGUGCAUGCAGCUUGAUGACAUGCUGCAGCACGUGCUGAUUGACAUAAUCAGCUUGUGUGCAAAAACUUCUAAUUUUCCACAGUUGGGGUAUUGUGGUUCUCUUCAAGGAAUAGAGUUCAUCACAUCCACGGAUUUCAUGGACUCUGAAUCAUCAAAAUCGGCUUUGAACCAGAUCAUGGAGGCUAUAAAUUCUGUCAACAUGAUCGGACUGCACGGAAUGCCAGGAGUUGGUAAAACUACUUUAGCCAAAGAAGUUGGGAAGCAUGCUCGAGAAAAAAAGCUCUUUGAUAAAGUUGUGAUGUUUACUAUGUCCCAAAAUCCAAACAUCAAGAAAAUUCAAGAGAAAGUUGCUGAUAUUUUUGGUUUACAUUUUGAAACAAGUAGCCAAGAAGGAAAAGCAGAAGAGCUAUUCAGGAGUAUGCAAGGCGUGAAAAAAAUCCUCGUAAUUGUCGAUGACCUCUGGGAAGAAUUCAAAUUGGAGAGCAUCGGAAUUCCAUUCGGUGAUGAACACAAGGGUUGUAAAAUUCUUCUGACUACACGUCAUCAACAAGUCUGCACUAAAAUGAACUCCAAAGAGGUUGCUGGUGAAUGUAAGGGAUUGCCUCUUGCAAUUGUUACCGUGGCAAAAGCUCUAAAAGGUGAGAGUUUAGAUGGGUGGAGAGCCGUGAAUCAGAGAUUCAAGGACUCAAGGCAUUUGGAUAAUGAAGAAGUUCUCGGAGGUGCCCUCAAGCCUCUCAAGCUUAGCUACGAUUAUUUGAAAGAAGGAUUGUUCCCUAAUGCUUUCUCGAUUGAAGAUAAAAGGAAUGAAAUUGGCAUGGCACUAAAAAAACUCCAAAAAUCUGGCUUGUUAUUGGAAACUGAUGUUGCAGAAACGAUAAGAAUGCAUGAUGGGGUUCGAGAUUUUGCCCAUUGGCUAACAUCAACCGGAGAAAAUAGGUUCAUGGUAAAAGAUAAGUUGAAAGAAUGGCCUCAUAUGGUUGGAUGUUAUACUGCAAUCGCUUUAUGGAAUUGUAGUAGUAACAUAAAAAAUUUCCCUGAUAAAGUGGAGUUUUCAAAGCUCAAGACUUUGUUUCUGAAGGGGGGAGCGGGGGAUGAUUUACUUGUGGUUCCCAAUACAUUUUUUGAAGAAAUGAAAGCCCUCCGAGUUUUGCUCCUCGAAAAUGUCUUUCCACUGAAAGGAUUCCAUUCCUUGCCAAAUCUUAAAACUUUGUGCUGUAUUAGAUGCAAUCUGGAAAACUUCUCAUCAUCACUGACAAAUAUGAGAAGCCUUGAGAUUCUUGCAUUGUUUGAGACUAAGUUUGAUGAGAUAAGUGAAGAAUUAGUGAAAUUGCCUGCACUGAAAUUAUUAUUUGUUGCAGUUGAAGAGGAAGAAGAAAUCAAUUUCCCCCCCAACCUGCUAUCAAGGUUGACUUCACUGGAAGAGAUACAUUUGAAGUUGGGGAAUGUUAGUGGACAGAAGAACAUUGUGCCAAGCAUAGGUAAAAUGGGAGUAAAUGAGUUGACUUCUUUGGAGCUUGAAUCUUGCAAGGAUAUGGAAUUCUUGACUGAUAUAACAAGAGAUCAAGGGCCAACUGUUGCAUUCUCUAAUUUGGUGGAAUGA